AUGGGUUAUCGGCCUUCUAUUAUAUUUGUCUUAGGUGUCUUCAUCAAUUAUUUUUAUGUAACCGACGUGCUGGCAAAGCUAACUCCAACGUCUCGAGUAUGCAUCAUUGGAGCUGGCUAUGCAGGACUAGCUGCAGCCCGACACAUGAAAAAUAACGGUCUGAAUUUCACAGUCUUUGAAAGCACCAGCUACAUUGGGGGUACAUGGAGGUUCGAUUCUAGAACUGGAACUGAUGAAUUUGGAGUGCCACUAUUUACUAAUCAGUAUAAAAAGUUAAGAAUCAACACGCCGUAUCAGACAAUGGAGUUUAGCGGUUUCCCAUUCCCGGACGGGACAGUUUCAUUUCCUUCAGGAGUCUGCUUCUAUAAGUAUUUGCAAGCGUUUGCAAGACAUUUUGAUUUGAUGAAGGAUAUUCAGCUUAAUAGUCAAGUAACCUGGGUACAAUGGACUGGAGAAUAUUGGAACCUGACAUAUACGAAGAGCGACACCAAGAAUAACGUGACAGAGCAAUGCGAUUUCGUUGUUGUUGCCAGCGGAGAGUUCAAUAAUCCCUACAUACCUAAAUUCGAAGGACAAGAAUUGUUCAAAGGCAAAGUAUUGCAUAGUCACUCUUAUAAGGAUGCUGAAGAUUAUCGGAGUAAACGAGUGCUUUUAAUUGGUGGAAGAGCAACAGGAGUUGAUCUUGCCGUACAGCUCUCUAAUAUAACCUCGAAACUGGUGCACAGUAACCAUAUAUUUCGGACAUUUAAAACCUUUAAUCCACCAAAUUUCCCUGAGACUUAUAUAAAUAAACCGGAUUUGAAACAUUUCACUCCAAAUGGUGCUGUAUUUGAGGACGACACUGCUGAAGAUUUCGACAUUGUCAUAUAUUGCACAGGUUAUAAAUACUACCAUCCGUUCCUGAACCAUCUAUCGAGCGGUAUUACUACGUCCGAGAGCUACGUGUUCCCACUGUACCAACAGAUUGUAAACAUCAACCAGCCCACGAUGACAUUCGUAGGAGUUUCCAAGGAAAUUAUUUCUAAAAUUUUAGAAGUUCAGGCAGAAUACUCAGCAGCUUUAGCCGCAGGAAAGUUUGAAUUGCCACCUAAAGAUGAAAUGUUGCGACAAUGGGUGGAUCACGUGCACACACUCAGGAAGGAAGGCUUUAGAGCCACGGAUGUCAACAGCAUCGGCACUAAUAUUGAUAAAUACUUCGCAACCCUACACAAGGAAGCAGGUAUUCAGAUGUUGCCUCCGGUUUUUAACAUGAUGAUUAGUUUUGACAUAAAGAACAUACUAGAAGACCUCGUUAACUUCCGUGAUUAUGAUUACAAUGUCAUUAGUGAUACUCAAUAUGUAAAGAAAUACAAUCCGAGACAAGAAGUUUGCCCCUUUAAUACAUAA